AUGAAAAUGGGUGGAGUGCUGCCACCCAGUUCUGCGGCCUCAAUUUUGGUCCAAAUUCGAUUUUGGUCGGCUCGUGAGGAACUUUUGAUUGACCCAAGAGAUACUCAUGUUUUGCGUUAUCACGAUAAAUCCGAAAUCAAAGCCAUCAUAGAUGAUCCAGAGACCAAAGACAAAAUGGCAUUUGCGAGUGAUAGAGGACACAAUCUUCUCUUGGACAAUAAGCGCCCGCACAAACUGAGGCAGACUUUCCGUGAUCUUGAAUUAGUUCUUUCCGAGCAAAAAAUCGUGUAUUCCGGCUGGAACACGGCGAGUUUGUUCCACUUGAUGAUGCAUACUGGACUAAUGGUCCACAUUCAUCUCGGCAAGUUAGGGGAUGUGGAUAAGAUUAGUUUUGAUAAGGCAUUUGUGGGCAAACUCCAUGAGAAUGUUACAGAUGUCGUUUUUGGCAAGGGUUUCUUUGUUGUGACAUACCUGGACUCUAGAUUAACAUUGGUUCAAUUUGCGCGAAAAAGAGAUCAAUCUGAUUUCGUUUCUUUCCAACACUUGGACCCCAAGAUUAAUCACAUCGAAUGCUUAGGACCUCUCGGCAGAAGGUUACAACGCCAUCUUAUACUGUCAACUAAUGAGCAAUAUUUGUUAGUCUGGUGGUCAAGUUCUGAGCAAGAGGUCUUUCCAUGGGCGCCACAUCUUAAUGAAGAAGAUCGUGCCAAUAUUAUGCUUUUUGACAUGAAAAAGCCUUUAGAUCCCAAGUUAAUGGGUUGCAUCCGAACUCGCAGCGAUCCAUUAGAUUUAAGGUUCUUCAAUUUGGACCCAUCCUCUAAUCAGUCGAGUUGUGUCAUCCAUUUCUUGGGCCAAGAAACGACCCGGAAAAAUGAGAUCCACUUGGAGAACACGUUUCUUCAUCCUGUUGAGGGUGACCGCUUAUUGAAGCGACGCAAUCCUCAGCGCAUUUCUAUGGCUUCUAAUGUCAAUUGUCAAGCGUUUAUAGGCAAUCUUGUUCUAUUAGGCUGCACAGAUGGCACUCUUCUGGUUUUCGACUGCAUUCACCACAAGUUGGAUUGUCAAACCAAAUGCUCAUUUAUCCCAUCGCUCAUUGAGAUUCAUCCGGACAAAGCAAUUUGCAUGGUUUCCAGUGACAAAGGCAUGCUUCAAUGCUUUGAUAUCGCACUCAAUCCGAUAAGGCUAAAUGUGUACCAGGAAGAUGAGGCGGGCUCAAAUGUGAUUGAUCUGAGUCAACAUUUCCGGGCCCAAAUGUCUUUGGUGGGGAUGAAGUUUUGCCCCAAAUUGGAACAGGCCAUCAAUCAUUCUCAACGGCCUUGCUCUAUGGCUCUCAUGGCUCAAAAUUAUUUAAUGCUUCAGUUUUUUGGUGGACCACUCGUUCUGGUGAACAUUUGUGGCGGGGUUCUCAAUUCUGGAGCCUUGGGACCAUUUCAAAUAGUGGCCCAAUAUCUGAAACAUCAGCAGUACCAUCAAAUUCUGUUGUUUCUGAACCAAUUGGACUGGUUAGACGCGGGUCAAACCAUCUUGACGUGCAUUAACACUACAUUUACCAAGCUCUUGAGGGUCCCAUUUUCAAGAGAAAUCGAGACCUUACUUGAAAUGUGCCUCGGCCUUUUCUACUCGCCCAACAAACCCAUUCCAGUUGAGGUGAUGGACGAGUACGCUGAGCAGAUCCAUGACUUGACCAGAAAAUUCUUUCACCACAUGUUAAGGCAUAACCAAUUGGCCAAGUCGUUCCAAUUGGCCGUGGACAUAAAUGAUUACGACCUCUUCAUGGAUCUUUACCAUUCUGCAUCCAAACUUAACCUCAAAGAUAUAGCUGAAGCAGCUUUCGUUAAGGCACGUCAAAUGUUUUUUGACAACGUGAGACAUCCCUCUGAUUCUGAGAGCGAUUCAGAGUCUCUGCCUCCUCCUCCGCCAUCACCGCCAGCAGGAGCGAGGCUUGAACCCGAGUCAAGACGUCCCUAUGCUCUACCCUCGCCCAUGCAACUGUUUUCCUCUGUGACCACUGUUCAAGUGGAUCCUAGUAGAGAUUCACAUGAGCUUGCGGAAGAGAAUACAUCCCAAACCGUGGACGAGUAUGAGGAUACACGUGAGGGAAAUGACUCGAACAAAGAACUGGAAGGACAUCGACAAGAAACUCAUCGCCUUGUCAUGGCAACCACAAGCACCUUCGCCAAAACAACGUCGGCUAAGAGGAUCUCCACCAAUGAGUUCCAAGUGAAUCAGAUCUUGUAUUUUGUCUCCAUAUCUUCUCCACGUCUCCUUGAACCUCAACAGAUCGGCAAUCCAAGUGGGGAAGAUCCAGUUCAAGAUGGCCAAGUGACCUUUGCCUCUUUACCCAAGUUGAGUAUCGAUCUGAACCAGGAGAAAGACAUCAAAGUCAUUCAUUUUGGAGAGGUCUAAGAGUGAUGAAGGUCACCUUAUUUUCCCUCCUCUGACGUCGAUGUGAGGCAUCACGUUUUGACGUGCGAAUCAUAAUGAGCUCAUGUUUCAAUUAAGUAUCCCAUUAUUUACACUCUUGUACACAAGCUCGAGCUCGGCCGAGGCACUCCUUUUUCAUCAGUUCUCGUCAAGAUGAAUCAUGUCAUAAAAUCGUGGAAAACCGGAAUUCCAAUUGCGAGAGUUUCAAGUGGACAUGAGGGCGUUGUUCCCUCGGUUCAUUUCUUUGCCAUGUUUAUUUCAACUCGGAGCAUAUAUUUAUGUUAAAAUAUAGACAUAAUAUAUAGUAUAUAGUACAA